UAUAUAGUAUUGCUGCUUAAUAUUUUGACGGAAUAUGAGAAGUACAUUUGUUUACAUGCUACCGAUACCAGUAUUUCGUUUACAUGGUCCUUACAAUGUUUUUUCAGCAUGUUUGUUAUAAUACAUAGCCCGCAUACAAAUGAGCACCAGACAAUUGUUAUCAGAGGAGCGCCUUGAGCUCAGUACUCCGCUCGACAUGAGCGAAAGUUGCUUCGACGGGGCCGCACAGGUGCCGCUGGACGUACUAGCACUGGUGUUCAGUUAUCCUGGUGUUAGAUGCCGUGAUCGCGGUGCAGCUCGCCUCGUUUGCCGGCACUGGCGGUACAUGAUCGAUGGCCUCACCGUUAGAAGCUUAGUCCUGCGAAGCCCUAGCUGCGGCCCAGGUCGCUCAGCUUCGCAGCUUCUGAAGCGGUUUCCCCUACUCCAAAGCCUCAGCUUGGGACCAGCAGUUACAUCCAACCGCACAGCUUUCACAGACGUCUUGUCAGCGCUCCCCAGCCUGGCCCAGCUGUCAAGCCUGACACUUGAAUUCCCUUCUCCCUCUGCCGUACGCCUCCCCACCGUCCUACACACCCUCAGCCGCCUGCAGUCCCUUUCCAUCAGCGUCGUACAGCAGGGAGGGAAUAAAGGACUGCUGGGCAGCAUUGGCCCGGGCCAGAACCGCUUCUGUUACAGCAACACCAGCACCCUACAUGAAACCGGCUGGGGCGCCGCAGUCGGAAACGACGACUGCGCUGAUGAUGAAAGUACCUCUAGUACGGCAACGGUGGGUCAACAACACCGACAUGACGCCGACGGCGGCAGCGCAAUAGGGCCCCGUGUAGGCGCCUGGCCUACUAGUCGCGCCUCCGAGGCUCCUGGGAGCUCCUCGGCGGCCUCGGCUGCGGCUGCUGCCCCGCCGCGCGUCACUCCACCGGGCCUUAUGCCGCUGCUGACCGCUCUCGGCCCACACCUGACCUCCCUGGAGCUCGUCCACUUGGCGGUUUCGGUGCCGGAAGUCCUGGCUGCCGUUCGAAGUACGACAGCUGCAGCGACAGCAGCACCAACCGCUGGAGCUACCGCGAAGGCUACUGCCGCAGGGCAACUUUUCCCCAGUGGCGGUGGCGCCGCUGCUGCUGCUGGUGCCACGUCAUCCCUGGGGGGUGCGGCAAGCGCAGCUGCCGGCAGCAGCGGCGGCGCUCACGGCGAAGGUAGCUGCGGUGGCGGCAGCGGCGGUGGCGGUGGUGGCGAAGGCUGUUGUGCGGGCGGGCUCCGGCGGUUGGUGCUGGUGGGCAGUGGGGUGAACCUGACGGGGGUGAACGCGCAGGAGGCGGCUGCCCAGCUGAUGAGGCUGGAGGUUCUCACAUUGGACGCCUGUACGGGCGCGGAUGCCUUCAUGCCGCUUCUGCCGUACAUGCACCACGUACGGCACCUGACCCUGGCGGGCAUGGACUAUGCCUGGGCAGCAGCGGCCGGCUACCACCAACGGUCACGAGCCGACAGCACCCCUGACCUCAAUCGGUUUAUACUACUGAACGAUCCCAACAUACACCGGCUGCAAACCAACAUCAACAGCAGCAGCAGCUAUGGCAACCAAGCAGGUCGGAAUCCAGCGGCGGCGUCAUCCUCGUCAGCGGCGAACAACGAGGCAGCAGUUCUGGCGGCUGCCGCAGCCGGUUCGGGUCGACCGUUGGGAUUUCUGUUGUGUCUGACUCAGCAGUUGCGGUCGUUGAGUCUUGCUGGAUCCUUCCUGCGGACGUUGCCUAAUCGGGACAUCGGCGGUCUUUCUGCGUUAACAGCUCUGGAUGUGUCUGGGAACGGCUUGGACGAUCUACCGCAGGGCCUGGCUAGUCUACCGCUGCUGUGUCGGUUGGACGUCUCCAACAACGAACUAACCGCCCUGCCGUCCUGGCUAACGGCCAUGGAGGCUCUUGAAUCCGUAUCGUGCCACCACAACCGGCUAGAGGACUUCCCCACACUCCUGUACGACAUACCCCGACUGUCGUACAUCUCCCUCGGCCACAACCGCAUCUCCUGGUGGCACGUUGCCCCAACUGCCUCAAGCCGACAAGACGGCCCCGCUGCUGCCGCCACCACCGCCUCUUCCUCCUCUCCCUCCUCGCAAGUUCCUCUUCCUUCCCUAGCUGGUAGCGCCACCUCUACCCUCACACACCAUUCCCAGCCUCAUCCCCAGCAGUCCAGCCUCCAUCCCCUGCCAACUGUAUCCUCAUCGGCAUCAAGAGAAGCAGCAACAGCCGCCACGGCAGCAGCAACACCAACGACUGCAUCCGCUGCUGCCGCCGCUGCUGCUGCUGCUGCUGGUGAUGGCAUUAGUGGCGGCGGUGGCAGUAGCUGUAGCAACGCACGCACCUGCAGCAGCAGAAGCAGCGGAAGCGGCAGCCUGACCUCCCUUGAUCUCUCUCACAAUCGGUUGUGGGGGUUGGCAGGUGGUUUGGGUUCGUUACAGCAGUCGCUUCGGCGAUUGCGGUUACGACACAGCCUGUUGGGGUUUGGUGGCGCGGCGGCGGCGAGAGCUAUGGGGCUGCUUGCCACGCUGGGAGAGUUGCGGGAGCUGGACCUCUCCUCCAACCACCUGGACCACCACUGCAUCGCCCCGCUGUCGGAGCUGCGGCAGCUGCGGCGGUUGUGGCUUUCAGAUAACGGACUGGAGGACCUGCCGCCUGGGUUCGCCGCGUUGAGCCGCCUCACCGCCCUCAGCCUCCGAGCCAACCGUAUUGGAGAGGUCCCCAACUGCCUCCGCCACCUGCCCUCCCUGGAGUUCCUGGACCUCUCUUGCAACCGCCUGACGGAGCUGCCGUACUGGAUUGCGGGGGCGGACGAGGACGACGAAGUUGAGGAUGAGGGAGACGGCGGCGAGGAGGAGGAGGAGGAGGAGGAGGAUGUCGCUUACGCCAAUGCUGGUGGCGAUGACGAAGAGGACGACAUGAACCCCGACAACAAGAGCAACAACAACAACAACGGCUGUUGCAGGGAGCCGGAGCAACAACAACGACAACAGCAGCGGAGGCAGCGGCAGGAGGGGCUGCGGGAGCACCGGUUCCAGAGGCAACAGCAGUCAGAGGGGCGGAAGCAGCAACCGCAGCAGCGGAGGAGCAGCCGGCUGAGGAGGAGCCGGCAGGCGGGGCUGGCCGGUCUGCGCCACCUGGACGUGUCGCAGCAGUACCUGGUGACGGUGUCGGAGAAGAGCAUCCUGGGGGGCUCGCGACUGGUCGUACAUCCGCCGCAUUGCUUGUACGGCCCGCUUCAGGGCGACCUGCCAGAGGAGUUGUUGCUGCUGCCGUACCUGCGCACCUUUGUCGUGCAGCGCCAUUUGCUGGGGUCCUGGAGCUCGGGGGUACUGCGGAAACUGCAGGCCCGAGGGGUGGAGGUGCUGUACCCGCGGCCCCUGCGCCUCACCACCCUUCCGCCCUCCUCCAGCCCCUCCCUCACCCUCACCGCCGCCCUCACCGCCGGCCCGGGCAGCGGUCUCAUCUACCCGCCGGAGUGCCACCACCCCUCCUCCUUGGCAUCAGCGUCAACCUCCGCCUCCUCCGCUGCUGCCUCCCGUGCAGCAACAGCAGCUAACGCAACCGCGGCAACCGCAGCGAAACCGCAGCAACAGCAACAGCGGAACACGGCGGCUGCGGUCUACGGUUGUCGGGAGCGGCGGCAGCGGCGGCGGGCGGCUUGUGGCGGCGGCUGGGUGCCGGUCCUAAGAAGGCUGGACUUGGCGGUUGGGAGAUGGGUGCUGCUGCUGGCGCCGGCCGUUGGUUGCUUGGUGGUUCUGGUGGAGGCUUCGAGGCUCUGUAUCACGGUGGUGGUAUUGCUGCUACUAACGGCCUUUGUGCGCCUCGCCAUAUGCACUACUUGAGGAGACACAUGCAUGCAAGUUGCCACCUUUACCAGUUAGGACUGGUGUGGAUUAACGCCCGGCAAAGGAGCCGGAGCGCGGUGGCCUUCUAGGGCCACACGUGCCAUCAUCGAAACCGUGUGUGCCAGGUCGCUGGUCUGAGGAGUUUAAAUAGGGAGUUUGAGACUUACCUACCAGUUGGGAUUGUGCAUCCGAACUGAUUUGGGUCAGAUCAGGCUGGGGUGAUCUGGGUCGGAGCUUGGGUGAGUUCCUUUGGGCUGACCUGGGUUGGGUUUGUGAAGGCCCUUUGGGCAUCUGAGCCCUGUGUACGGAGCCUGCUUCUUGAUUUACGCUUGGACGGAAGGCCAAAGCGGGUUUAUACGAUGGCUGCUUUAUAUUAGGUCAGGGAUUGUGUUGCAGAGGGUGUAAUGUCACAAAAGACUGCGAUAGGCGUAUGGUACGGCGGGAUAUUGGGGCUGGGGAGCACAGAUCCAAGGCGUAUGAUGACAGUGGCCAGGGAACUGGUUUGUGGGUUGCCAUCGCUUUUGCUUUGGAAGGACAGGUCAUGGCUGUCGCUAGGGACAGGUCAUGACGUGUUGCCGUUGUUGUCAUCUAUCUUAGGUGCAAUUACCUUAACAUCAACGUCCAUGUUGGCUGUACGUCUUACCGGUUGGCAUGCACAAAUGUAUAGCGUUCGCCAUGCGGAAUGCAUUGGUGGGCUACAUGUCAUUACCCGUCACAGGAGACACGCGGGGCAACCGCAAGCAGCUGGGACACUGGCAGUGUAAGACUACGGCGCCGCUGUCGGGCACACAGGGCACAGCAC